AAGAGAGAGAAAAAGAAAGAAAGAAUUGUUCCUCUCAAAGAUUUUAACUUUGAGCUCUCUCUGAGAAACCAAAGCUUCACUCUGAUUCGCAGAGCGAAUCAAAAGAGACGACACAGAGAAGAAGAAGAAACGCGAAGAACAGAAACAGCUCUCUUAAGCUUUUCUUAAUUAUUAUUAUUAAUUAUUAUUUCUCUCUUCUUAAUCCCUAAAUCUCUCAUGGAAUCAUGAACCAGAUCGGGAUCGAAAGAUGAUUUGAGUUUCCGGGUUUGAUUCUUUUUCCCCUUUUUGUGAAAUUGGGUUGGAAUCUGGAGAUCUGGAUCUUGAAAAGGUUGAAACUUUACGUGUGUUUGGUGGUGUUGAUUUUGUGAUUGGUUAAAUCUAGAAUCUGAAUCCAUUUGGGUUUGGGAUUGGGAUUGAUCUGAUUUGAUAACAUCAAGAAAUUUGUAGUCUUUGGAAGAAAUGUUGGAAGAUCGAUCACCAGAUUCGUGUUUGAUUACAAGGGUUUUCUCAAGCUCUCGUCUUUCUGAAUCAAACUGGUCUAAGUCUUACAUGUAUCCAGAGGAUGAUGAUAAGCUCGGGAAUGGUAAAAGACCUUUGGAGGUUGUUGGUGAGAUUAGACAGACCAAAUCACUUAAAUUAAUGGGUUUUUCUAUUACUUAUGAUAGCGAUUCAUCUGACUAUUCAUUGAGUGGUGGGGAGGAGCAAGCAGAUGCUGUGAUUGGUGAUGGCUCAUCGUCGAGGCAGGAGCAAGAACAAUCUGAUUCUAAUGACAAUGGUGGUGAUUCUACGGAUUCGCAUUCUCUUAUCAAUGAGAUUGGGAGGGACAAUUCGAUUGACUGUUUGAUCCGCUGCUCGAGGUCUGAUUAUGGUUCAAUUGCUUCUUUGAACCGGAAUUUCCGUUCUUUGGUAAAGAGUGGAGAGAUUUAUAGAUUAAGGCGACAAAGCGGGUUUGUUGAACAUUGGGUUUACUUCUCUUGCCAGCUCUUGGAAUGGGUUGCAUUCGAUCCUGUCGAGAGAAGGUGGAUGCAGUUACCAACUAUGCCUUCCAGUGGUACCUUCAUGUGUGCCGAUAAGGAGUCUCUGGCCGUUGGGACGGAUCUGCUUGUCUUAGGAAAAGAUGCUUCUUCUCAUGUAAUAUACAGAUACAGUCUACUGACUAAUUCUUGGUCUUCUGGUAUGAAGUUGAACUCUCCGAGGUGUUUGUUUGGAUCCGCGAGCCUUGGAGAGAUUGCUAUAUUCGCUGGGGGAUGUGAUUCCCAGAGAAAGACUCUUGAUUUUGCGGAAAUGUAUAAUUCUGAGCUUCAAACUUGGAUAACUCUUCCAAGGAUGAACAAACCGAGGAAGAUGUGUUCGGGUGUUUUUAUGGAUGGGAAGUUCUAUGUAAUUGGAGGAAUCGGUGGUGCUGAUUCUAAAGUCUUGACCUGCGGUGAAGAAUAUGAUUUGGAGACCAAGAAAUGGACUCAAAUCCCUGACUUGUCGCCUCCAAGAAGCCUUGCUGAUCAAGCUGAUAUGUCACCAGCACAAGAAGCACCGCCUCUUGUUGCGGUUGUGAAUAACCAAUUGUACGCUGCUGAUCACGCCGAUAUGGAAGUGAGGAAGUAUGAUAAGGAGAAUAAGAAAUGGUUAACUGUUGGAAGAUUGCCUGAAAGAGCUGGCUCGGUUAACGGAUGGGGACUUGCUUUUAGAGCUUGUGGGGAGCGGUUAAUCGUUAUUGGUGGACCGAAGUACUCGGGAGGUGGGUUCAUAGAGCUGAAUUCUUGGAUACCGAGCGACGGUGGUCCACCUCAGUGGACAUUGCUUGACAGGAAACAUUCUCCUAAUUUCGUAUACAAUUGCGCAGUGAUGGGUUGCUAAAAGAACACACAUUCAUAAUACUACUAUCCAUUUGAAGACCCUCCAGAUUCUUGUUGAUGGGUUUUCGCUCACACGUCAAAAGACACCAUUGAAGGUCCCAAGCUCCAACCUUUAUGCUUCUUCUUCCAUAUUUGUUUCCCUUACAAAAUUUUCAAUUUGAAUACAAUCAUCUCUGUAUUGUUAGAAACCAGACAAAGUCCCAAGGAGAUUCCACAAAAAAAAGAAAGAAAAAAAAAAAAAAAACUGAAACAGGUUUAUUAUAAUAAGUUAGUUAAAAAUUGAAGCUUUUUAGAGUUUGCCAGAUGUGGUUAACAUUGUUGUAUGUGUUUUAAUCAAAUUUGUUUUCUAAUAA